UAACACAAUGAAUUUAAAGUGUGAAUGUACUGGUAGGAUUUAAUAAAAUUAAUUUAAUGAAUUCUAAACAGACGCAAGUGGUUGUAUAUUGGAAAUAACCAAUGUUUGAAAAAUGAUAAAAUGUAUGUUUCAGAUUUAAACAACAAUGAUAUGAGAUUUAUGUAACAAUAGUUUCAGACAAAUAAUAGGGAAAAAGUUUUAGGUGGGAAUACAAUCAUGUAACAUAGGUUUGAUUAAGGUAGAAAAAUUAUCAGGCGAUAAGAAUUGUGUGUGAGGUAACAUAAGUAUAUGCAGUGUCCAAAUCUUUAACUUGAAUUAAAAGUACACCAUAUUUACCAGUACAUGGGAUGAUUUUGUUGAAAAAACUGAAAAAACUAAAAAUGGGAAAACAGAAUAUCAAAGGUGUAAUAUGAAUUAAAGAUAAUAACAAUAACAGACUUAGAAGAAAAUAAACACAAUCAUUUGAGAUGAUGUGAUAUUAGUUUAGAUGACAAAGUGAAGGAAUAAUAUAACAAUAGUUUCGGAUAAAAAACAAGAACCAAAAAAAUAGUAGUUAUAGAUGCAAAAACAACAAUAGUUUAAGAUGAGUCAGGAGAAACCAAAGCGUAAAAUAAGCGCUGCCUUGCAGCCGCCAAACAUUUCUGACCAUGGUGGUCACCUCGCUACUAUAAGUGAGUCUGGACCUAUGAGGAGAGUGAGUCAGGAAGGUCAAGGUCCAGUACGGAAAGUUAGUACAGAGGUGGGUCUAAGGCGUGUCAGUGGAGAACGUGACGGAACUCAAAGACGGCCCAGUGAUUCUAAUCGUAAAGUUAGCACAUAUAGUAUAAUGGGACGUAAAACAAGUUUUAUGUCGGCUCCAGAAAAAUUGAUAAAAGACAAGCAAAAGUUGAAGGAGGAGAGAGAAGCAAAACGGCAACAUCUCGAUGAACGUCAUAUUUACAUCCUCCAAACUGUUGCCGACAGUCUCGGCUUGGAACUCUCUGAGGUGGAAGAUUGUAUUCUUGAAGGCACUCAGAUUGAGACCAUGGAUUUGUUCCUUGACCCAAAAGGUAAACCAGGAACCAACCAGCUUAUGUUUUACUACCAGGAACCAGAAGACAAGGAACCUCAUGCAGUGGGAUUUCGUUUACACCAUCCCUCGGAGAAAGACGAGCGCAAGAAAAGUAACCCAUUGGAACAUCUAAAAACAGGUCCACCAGCUCAGAAAACACCACGUCAGCUCAAGCCCAAAGUGUUUGUAGCCAAUGGUAAUGAUGUCCCCUUAAAAGGCACCGGCCUGCUGUUCAUCAAGACUGGGGAGCCGUCUUCUGUGAUCACAGAACAAAACAUGGUGAAGGAUAUCAACUUUACUAUUCUUGAUACCAAUGGACACGGACGUAAUGGUGCGGGACUCCUACACGCUGUCGAACAUCUCUUCUCCAGCAUAUUCAUCCCUGCCCUGAAGAACCUUGACAAAGGAUGGGGCGCCCUUGAGUCAAAAGGCUCCACUCAAACCAGGGUUGACUUCCUCAAUAUGCUAGACUCUUUUGUCUCUGUACUUGUUGGUGCUCAAGAAAGCUUGAAUGAGAAGGUUGAACUAAAGCCAUGUGAGACCUAUGAGCUAUCGAAAGUUCAAAGCCCAGCAGACUACCAGGCCAUUGCCAACAGCUCCGAGGCCCUGGAAGGUAUUGAGGCGUGCAUGUGUGUCUGGAUCAAACAGAUUGAACAGGUGUUGGCCGAGAGUGAGCAGAUGAGGAAAGAAGCAGACGACAUUGGACCAAGAGCAGAACUUGACCAUUGGAAGAAAAGGAUGUCAAAGUUCAACUAUCUGCUUGACCAGAUCAAAGGGUCAGAGGUCAAGGCUGUCCUUGGUGUCCUACAUGCUGCCAAGUCCAAGCUCAUUAAGACAUGGCAGGAGCUUGAUCGACGUAUUACUGACACGGCUAACGAGGCCAAGGACAACGUGAAAUUUCUCUACACCUUGGAGAAAUUCUGUGACCCUCUCUACAACAGCGAUCCUGUUGGAAUGUUGGAAGGUAUCCCUGGUCUGAUCAAUGCCAUCAGAAUGAUCCACAGUAUCUCCAGGUAUUACAAUACCUCUGAGAGAAUGACCUCACUCUUUGUCAAGAUCACAAAUCAGAUGAUCACCGCCAGCAAGGCUUACAUCACAAACGGAGGGUGUGAGACAGUCUGGUCUCAACCUCCGGGCGAGGUCAUCAAGAAGCUCAAUGACUGUAUUCGCCUUAACGAGGAGUAUCAACGAUGCUUCCACAAGACAAAAGAAAAGCUGGAGAAAAUGCCCAAUGAGAGACCAUUUGAGUUUUCCGAGAUGUACAUUUUCGGAAAGUUUGACACUUUCACAAAGAGGCUGAAGAAUAUCAUUGCCAUCUUUGACAUGUUCUCUGUCUACGCGACAUUGUCGGAGUCCAAAAUUGAAGGUUUGGAGGUAAUGGCCAACAGGUUCAGCGUGAUUCAGACACAAAUACGUAAAAAGCCGUAUGAUUUCCUGGACCAGAGGAAACAAGAGUUUGCUGGGGAUUACGAUGAUUUCCAGAGACAGAUCAAAGAACUGCAUGAGAAAUAUCAGGAGAAUUCUUCGCUCACAGGGUAUGGUAAAGAUAUUGAGAGGGAUUGUCCAAAAUACCAAAGAACAAAGACGAGCCUCCAGGUAGCCCAGAAGAUUUUACCUCCCAUUGCAGGUUUAAGAUAUCCUGGUCUCUCGCCAGCCUUGUUCCGACGUAUCCAGGAAAAAACCAUGGAAAUAUUCCAACAAACAACCGUCGCUCCUAGAGAACUCAACCAGAAGUCUAAGAAGAAUUAUCAAAGUUUUUUCAACAAUUGCCAAGGUUUCUUCCUCGAGUUUGAAGGUCCUCUAAUUAUUAGAGGACUUGGUGGAAGCAGCAAAGUCGGGGUUGUCGGCAUCUCUGCUCGUGGAAAGCACCAGAGACUAAUGAACUGUAUUGUGAACUUUGACCCUCAGAUCCUCACAAUGAUCGACAAAGAGUCAGGGGUUGUUCAAGAUGCCUUGCAACUGAGUGUUGAAUCGACAUGUUUGCUUCACCUAGAGGUAAAUGAAGAGGAAAUUGUUGAUGAUGAGAAAAAAGAAUGGAAACAG